GGGGGUUUUAUCUCUACCCAUUUCUCCAUCCGCUCCUCGCCUCGUCCCCCUCUCCGAAUUCCGAACCCUAGCCUUCCAUCUCUCCUCCUCCUCCUCCCAGCCGCCGCCCCCGCCGCCGCAGCGAGCACGCGGACGCAGCCAUGUCCGGGAGGAGGAAGACGCGGGAGCCCAAGGAGGAGAACGUGACGCUCGGCCCCACCGUCCGCGAGGGCGAGUACGUCUUCGGCGUCGCGCACAUCUUCGCCUCCUUCAACGACACCUUCAUCCAUAUCACUGAUCUGUCUGGGAGGGAGACGCUCGUCCGCAUCACUGGUGGCAUGAAGGUCAAAGCUGACCGUGAUGAGUCAUCCCCUUACGCAGCCAUGCUUGCAGCUCAGGAUGUUGCCCAGAGAUGCAAGGAGCUUGGAAUCACUGCUCUGCACAUUAAGCUCCGUGCUACCGGUGGAAACAAGACAAAGUCUCCAGGCCCUGGUGCUCAGUCUGCGCUUAGGGCUCUUGCACGUUCUGGCAUGAAGAUUGGACGCAUUGAGGAUGUGACUCCAGUCCCAACUGACAGCACACGGAGGAAGGGUGGUAGGAGGGGAAGGAGGCUGUAAUUUCGUGCAGAACCGGAUCCAACUGGCCGUGCAAGCUGUUUUGUGCUUUUGUUCGUGGUGCUAGCAUCGGAUUUCAUGGAUUUAUAAGUUUUGAGCUACCUUGUGUAUCUUAACAUUUUGAACCGAAUUGCUGGCGUACUUUGGCUGCACAUUCUCUAUUGCAAGUUAGCUGUUUUGCCGGUACGGUAUCCUAUAAAUGUUCAUUAGUCCA